ACUCAACACUAGACUCAAAUAUACCCACACAGAGCUGUGUCAACUUGUAUAAUUCAGAACAGAGAACAGCACCAUUUUUGACAAGUCCACUCACUGGACUGGGGAACAAUCUGCUGCACAAAAAACAUCCUAUACAAACACGCGACCAGCUUCUACCUUCCCCAUCACUAUAUUCACAAUAAUCCCCAAUAUUCACAAUAUUUACAAUAACGUGCACAUGCAUCCCAUUCACAUCUCACACUCAUAGGGAAAGGAAUUUGGAAUAGCGCCGCAUCCCAUACGGGAAGGGCAAGCCACUCACUUCACUACCCCGCCACCGCACGGCGAGCCUCCAACCAACCCCUCACAUCAUGGGGCAACAACCAAGGAAAUCCAGCCAGUCCGGUGACCACCACCCCAUCGACGACGCAGCCGCCACAGCUACCGCCCAGAGCGAUGAUCUCAAUAGUCUCCGCGGCGAUGGGAUCAAUCCCUCACCACCAUCGAAUUCCGAGCUCCUCGGUCAACCAGGCGCUGAGUUAAGCGCUGCGCAACAAAUACUACCUGUCACUGCCGCUAGUGUGUCUGAGAGCGUCGACGUCGUCGAUGCUCCCAAUGUGGCGUCCCAGACGACAGAGUCCAGGCCUCUAGAGAGCCACGAGACCUUCCUGCAAGGGGCCGAUCCAACAGACCUCGCCAACCCCGCAUUAAUAGUUCGAACCUCCGCACCCGCCCCCGUCUCCACGCCCUUCGCGGACGCCAAUGCGCCGUCGCCGCUCUCCCCAUCUAACCCCCCAAGCCUCACCUUCCCAACGCGCAGCAACACCGAGUUCAUCGCCUCCUUCCCCCAGACCGGCACGCCCACCACGGGCACCACCAACAGCACGAUGCUCUUCCUUCCCAACGGCGCCGCCGCCGCGCACCGCCGCCGCUCCAUGGCCACCACCCCCGCCUUAACAGAGUACGAAGCCGACCUAACGAGCAAAGACCGCCUCAAGCAAAAAGAAGCCGUGCGCAACCUCCUCGCCUCCAGAAUCCGCAACGACUGGUCCUUCCCCGACAAAAUCGACCUCGUCGCGCUAGAACCCUCAGAAGAGGCUCUCCCCGAAGGCGACCCCGCGGAUCCUACAACCUGGAUCGAGCGCGGGGACUGGCUGAGCGAGAUGUCUGAGAGCGAGGAGAGCGAUGGGGGGCUCGCGCAGACGAGUACGAAUUCCACGAGCGGAUCGGCUAAGGCGCCGAAGACGAAGAAGAAGAAGAUAAACCCUUUCCGAUUCGACUCCCCAGACGGCGUGGGCGAGGCGCUCCGCCGGUCUGCAGACCGCAGGAAACUCCGUCGCCAGCGGAAAUUACAGGAGGAACUAGCAUACAACGAGGGACUACGCUGCUUCACCGCCCGCCGAAACGCCUGGACCAACGCCCGAAUCGUGCGCCGUCCCCGAUGCGCGCCCACAUCCCCCACAUCCCCCUCCGGCGAGAAACCCCCAGAAGACGACGAACCCAUCCUCGACACACUCGUCCCCGUCGCCCCUCCCCUCCUCCCCCCCUCCACCCCCAUGCGCCGCAACAUCACCAGCCGCGCGCACAGCACCAUUUACGACAAAGUGGUGAUGCAGAGCCAAACACCCAUGUGUCCGAUUAAUCUGCAGACGGUGGUGAGUAGUUGCGUGGACGGGUGGAAGAGAGAUGGCGAGUGGCCGCCUAGGGGCACGGAGCCGGAGGCGGGUGUGGCGAGACGGAGGGCGGAUGUCGCGGCGCAGGCGCAGGCGCAGAAGGGGGUGUGGAGGAGGAGUUUGCAGAAGGUUUUUGGGAGGGGGGGGCCGGAGAUUGUGUAG